CGUGCCGUCUUUCAUCUAAUCCACGAAGUGUUUACUCAAACAUUCUCCAUGUGUCACGGUGGAACAGCUGAAGGCUGAAAAUGUAUUAGAGUGUGCAACAUGUGAAAAGCGAUGCGAUUAUAUUAACACCUCAUACGUACUUCACAGAAAAAAUUAUAUUUUAAUUAUCGAUACUUAUUAAGGACCAAGAAAAUGGCGAAGAGUUAUUUUGUGUAUUUCUUUCUGUGGACUUUCUGUGCAAAUUCUUUGGCGGAUCUUGACAGCGAGAGCCAAACUACCGGGUGUCACCGAGUGAAGCAAGCCUACCUUCGAGAACACAUCGGGCCGGGGGAUCUAGUCCCAAGUGAACCAGUUUAUGAUGGAGACAUUUCAAUAUGCUUUAAUGCAGCGUCUAAACCUACAACUGAGAAAUCCUGCUGUUCCAAAUCCUCAGAGCUCACUUAUGUCACGGCAGCAGAAAAAUUCAUGAGAGACACAAUACGCACUAAAAAUGCGUACCUUAAAAAAUUAGUUAUGGACCAUAUUGAACAGUAUGAAGAACGUUUGGAAAAUGUGAUCAAGAGUUCUUUCAACAGGACGAGUCAGCUGCUAAUAGACUUGUAUGAUAUUCCAGCAAGUGCUCAUAGCAAACCCUUGCAAGAAUUCUACCAAGACAUUAGGACUUACUUAAAAAUGAAGCAUGUGAGCCUGUAUGGCUCCGUGAAUGCUCUGUUUGAUUCUUUAUUCCCAUAUUUGUACAAAUUCAUUCUUGAGGGGAAGAACUCUUCUGUGACACUAUCCCCAGAGCACAUCCAGUGCUUAAAAAACAAGCGUCAAGAAAUUACCCCAAACCCGUUUGGAACGCUUCCAUACAAUAUGUCGCAUAUACUUAACAAGGCGUUGUCUACGGCAAAAUCAUACAUGGAUGUGUUGACCUUAUUAGUGGAGGCCAUUAAUACUACUGAUCAUGUGACCUUGACUGAAAAAUGCCAACAUGCAGUGACACGGCUUCAGUAUUGCUCACAUUGCCAACAGGAAGUUGACAUAAAACCAUGCAAAGGAUUUUGUCUAAAUUCAAUGCGAAGAUGCUUGGCACAACUUUCUGUCAUAAGUAACGAUUGGAAUGGAUUAAUUAUGUCUGUUGGUCGUCUGCAGACAUGGAUGGCUCAAAAGUAUGAUGCUGAACACACACUGAAUAAACUGGAUGGAAAACUGGACACAGCUAUCAUGUAUGCCCUAAGCAGCCGUGACCAGUUCAUGAAUACUGCAAAAAAAGUCUGUGGUUUCGAGACAGCAGUAAGUCCAAAGAGGAGAAUUCCAGAAAAAUUACCAGAUUCAGUCAGUUCAGGUUCCAUGAAAACUAAACGAGAAAUUGGCGGGGAGAUGUAUGAAAAAAUUCUGGAGGUCAUGAAGGAGUUGCUGACCUCAUUGAAGAUGUUUGACACUAUUGCUGAUGAUAUCUGCAAUCAACAGAUUUUUUAUGACCAGGAUAUUAACAGUACCCAGUGCUGGAAUGGUCUCACAAAAGGGAGAUACUCAGAGGUUAUUGAAGAUAUUCCCACUCUGCUAACCAGGACAGCCAUGGUUAUAGACCCCAAGCUUGUUGGCUUGAAAGACAAAUUAGCAGCCAUGAGAGUGAACCUUAUGACACGCUAUUCCGACUAUGAUUACGCAACAGACAGGCGGCACAUACAGUCAGAUUCAUUUAAAUAUGGCAGUGGAGAUUACAACAAUCAUCACAACCACUUGUUAACAGAUGACGAGGAUCUCUUUGGUAGCUCAAAUGAUAUGUACAGCGGGAGUGGAAGUGGUAGUACGUCGUCCACCAUCGAUGUAGUCAUAGAGGAUGUUGGAAAUAAUUUGACCCCAACAACACCAGUUAAACCGAAUCCAAGUGGAGGAAGUUCAUGUGCGACUGUUUCCAUAUCAACAGUGUUUAUGGUGAUUUUUUCAUUAACAGUGUUAUGAUAGUGCCUUUGAUACCAUAAACUUCUUCAUUACUAUGAAAAAUCCAGACUGCUAGAAAAUAUUGGAAAAUGAGUCCACAGCUUCCUUUAACAGGGAGAAUUUCCAUAUAGAAGGACAUUUCCUUGAACAGGGAGAAUUUCCAUAUAGAAGGACAUUUCCUUGAACAGGGAGAAUUUCCCUAUAGACAGACAUUUCCUUGAACAGGGAGAAUUUCCAUAUACUGUAGAAGGACAAUUCCUUGAUUUGGGAGAAUUUCCAUAUAGAAAAGCAUUUCCUUGAACAGAGAGAAUUUCCAUAUAGAAAAGCAUUAUUUUAAAGUUCCAAAAAGAGUUUUUUGUGGACUUCUCAAUAUCCAUCUGAAACAAUUGAAGAUAAAACAUCUUUUAUAAAUCCACCUCAUUUUUCAUCCCUUUAUACAUGUAUAUGUUGGUAUGGAUGAAAACUUUUGAUAUGUCUUGUGAAAGUGCUGUGUUUAGUCCCAUAAUUACCACAUUAUGCUCCAGAGCUAGCUGGGAUAGAAUAACUUGUUGAAUAUUCACAAGAAAAAUUGUCAGUGAAUGCAACCUUAAGUCUGAUGGAUUUUUCAGUAGCUUGGAAGAGAGUUAAAAGGAUUGUUGAUACCUACAUAUAACUCAUGAAUGGCAUAAUGUGCAAUUUUACAUUUUGUGUAUAUUCUUUCAUUUACAUCAUUUAUUUCAUGUUCUUAGAACUUUUCAGCAUAAUUCCAAAUUGUAGAAUGAUUUUAGUUGAACACUGUAAACAGUUUCUGGCUUUGAUAUCACCAUUUUGCAAACAUUGUAUAGCUGACGGUAUAAAAGAAAUAAAACAUUGUUAAUGUACCUGUAAACCAUGCAGUGAACUGGUGUAGUUACUAUUCUCAUACUAAAUACAGUAUAUUUACACCAGACAAAAGUACCAGAUUUUCAAAUACAGUGUAUUAUACUAAUUUGGCGGCUUUACUAUGACGAAAUAGUAUUAUAUGUCAUGUUUUGUGAUGUUUUAUACAAAACAUAGUGUUUAUGAUGAUGUACAUACAUGUAUGCAAUACAAGUGAAUCAGAUUCCCAAUGUAUAUAAUCAAGUUUUAUGUAUGGUAUAUGUGUUUUCUUGGACUCAAAGUCAUUGUCUUUUGAUUUCAUUAUGUGCAGUAUUUUUUUUUCUCUUGUAGAUAGAGUAGAUAAAUUAAGCAGAAUGUUUUUUAAUCUGUUUGUUCUUAUUUAUGCUGUCUGUGAUUAUGAAAUAUUUUGUCGAUAUAUCCAUCACGAUGUUGCCAUGUUAAAAGCUAUAUGUGCUGUAUCAAACUGUAUUUUUUCGGUGUGGGAAAUCAAACCAAAAUUUGUUUGUAUGAUAAACUAUGAAAAAUACAUGUGUAAUAUCUGACGGUUUCAACAAAUCAUAUACUGGUCUAUUCAUUGCAAUGGAGAACAGGGAUUUUUUAAUGCAUAUUUAUGAAGGAGUGAUGUUUAUGGUGGAUGUGCACAAAUGCACUGUAAAAAUGUUAUUUGAAACAUCAUGGGAAAAGAUUUUGUUGACAGUAUGAAGUUGUAUUAGAAUGAUUUUAUGUUAAACAUAAAACUGAACUCCCCUUUCAUCGCUCAAAGUAGUUUUCCCUUCCUGGUUACAUUUUGACUGUCUUUUAUUGUUGAAUGUGUCCGAUCCUGUCAACAGCCUAUGGGCCGUCCACGUUUUUGAUUGUUUACUUUCUAAAUUCAGCUUGCCACGUCAAGUUAUCUUGAGUAUUUUGAAAUGGGGCAUUCAUCAUCUAACUCAGAAAAUAAAUAAAUCAUCAGGAACUUAGGUUGAUUACUUUUUAAUCCAAUCAAGUUAAAUUGUAUGAAGUGUAUAACUUAUACAUAGAUGAAUAAAAAACACAUGCUUUUUAUUCCUUUGAUCAUAUUUAAUGAAUACAGCAUAUAUAGCUUUGAGUAUUAUAGAAAUAUAGCCUUUAGAUGAGGUCAGCAAAUAUAUAUUAACCUCAGACAAAGCAUAUUGACUGAGCACAAAGUGCAAGGUCAAGAUAUGUUUUUCACCAAGGUUGAUAUAUUAAUGGAUUGUACUGACUCAAAAGGCUACAUUUGUUGUAUUAUAUUUCAAUGAACGAUUGACAGUAAACAAGUGUUGUUAUGUUUCAAAUUUUUUAUUUUCUAAAUAAUACAUGUUAGAUAUUGAAGAGCAUUUUCAAAAUAUCAAUUGCAAACAACUAACUGUGAAGUUUAUCAGUUACAUGUGUUUGUAUGAUUCAGCACAAUAUUACCUAUGUAUGGGUCAGGCAUUAUGUUGUAAUUGAUAGUAAAUACAUUAUCAUUUAUAUCAAUACAUUUACUUAUUUUCCCAAAAUCUGUUUUUGGAGUAACCCAGACAAUCCAUUGUCAUAAACAGAUAAUAGAAAAUGAAGUGCAAAAUUAUCCUAUAGAAAGAAAAUUCUUUAAGUUUAUAAUUGUCUUUUUAACUGUAAGUUUAAAUGGGGGAAAUGGUGGUUGUGUUUUUGUCAACUUUUUUAAUUGAUAUACUUUUUAAAAUGUAUUGUAAGAAAUAUAUAUUUGGGGCAAAAUUAAUACUAUCUAAUUUCCUGUUUUUGUUCAUAUUAAUCAGAAAAUAAUUACAGAUGGGUGUUAAUACACCAAAUAUUUUGUGAAUUAUUCAAACAAUAUAUUACCAUAAGCUGACCCCUCUGUUCUUAUAAUAGUUUUAUCUGUAGCCUUUUUAUGCUGAAUAUUGUCCAGACAUCUUUUUAUCUCCAAGUUUCUUUAAUUUGUCCUCUAUCUCACUAUUCCAGCCCAAUUCUGUGCUAAAUUAAAACGCCACAAAAAUUCUGUUCUAGGCACUGAUAUGUUUCGGAAAAGUUAAAUAUUUUCCCCUAAGAAUUUGAUUCCUCAGAUCAAUAUAAUUGCAUUCAUGUAUUGACAUCUUGAUCCACUGAUGUACGUGUAUAUUAUUAUGUAAGUUACAGGGGGAAAGUCAAGCUAGAAGUGUGUAUCAUUGCACAAAGUGAUGUAUAUUUUCAGUCAAGAUUUCUGUUGAGGAGAUUGAUACUGUGAGAGUGUUGUGUAAAAUGCAUUUCAUUGUGACGUGAACAGGAAGCAAGUGUGGCUGUGUCGGCGUGAGUUAUUGGUUGUAAAAUCCACAGGUCAUCCUUAUUUACAUAUAUGCUUUACAUAUAGGUUAUGUGUUUGUGACAGUGGCUAUUUUUAUCAAUUUUAAAUAUUUUUCAUGAUCCACAAUUUUUUAAAAUGAAUUAAGAUAGUGUGUGUUAUAAACAGUUUGAAAACUGUCCACUGUAUACCGUAUUUCAUUUAACACACUUUGUAUCAAUCAAAAUGUUACCUCUAUCUUCACAAGACAAAAGUAAUUUUAUCUGGCAUUAUUAGUUAAGAUACUAAAUGUAUGUAUAAUAUGUAAUUUCUACGAGUCAACGUUUUGUGAAACAAACUCAUCAGGCAUGAUAAGACCUCGCAUGCGACUAUUUGAAUCACUAAAAUGUGUACAGAUUGUUAAAGUUUGACGCUAACAGUUACUUUCUGUUGUUAAUUGAUAUAUGAAAUGUUUCUAAUACUUAUAUUUUGUUGAUUAAAUCAUGUGAUAAUUA